AUGUCCAUACACGAACAAUUUAUUAAAACAGAAUCUACACAACUGCCGACGUCAUCAAACAAGGUCAAGACUACAACAACGACAAAACCGCCCACAACUACACAUCCAGCACAUUCAGUGGAAACAGCACAAAUGGCACAACCAGUACAACCAACAACAACAUCGUCACUACCGACUCCAGAAGAUGGCCAACAAUGUUCAAAUUGUGGGACAACAAAAACGCCACUAUGGCGACGAGCACCCGAUGGAACACUAAUCUGUAAUGCCUGUGGCCUCUACCUUCGAUCAAACCAUACCCAUCGCCCAGUAAAUCUUAAGCGACCACCAAAUACAAUCACUAUUUCCAAAGAGGAAUUGGGGUCAUGUAAAGGUGAUGGACGAUGUAAUGGAACUGGUGGAUCAGCUGCUUGUCGUGGUUGUCCAGCUUUCAAUAAUCGAAUUGUGGCCAAGAAACAGUUGUUGGAGAAAUCACCCAAGAAUGAGGAUGUUAAGAUAAAGACCGAUAUUUCCGCAAAUGGAGAAGAGGGAGGUCAAAGUGGAAUUAGUGAAAAUAAUGCAUCGACUAAUUCGCAAACUAAAAGUGACAACAGUAAUAGCGGUCAAGCAAUAGAAAGAUCUAAAACUAGUGCAUCUGCUGCAUCCGCAACAGGAUCCACUGAUGAGAAUUCACUAGCUAUUGCAUGUUAUAAUUGUGAUACCACGAUAACACCAUUAUGGAGAAGAGAUGAUGCCGGUAAUACCAUUUGUAAUGCAUGUGGAUUAUUUUAUAGAUUACAUGGAUCACAUCGACCAAUAAAGAUGAAACGGUCAACUAUCAAACGAAGGAAAAGAAAUGUAUCGGAUCAUAAAUCAAAAGAGGAAUCAAAAGAUGUUAAGAUGUCGGUCACUUCUCCAGGAAGAAUGGUAUCUCUAACUGCAUCUCCUACACCAACACCAAGUCAUGCAUCACCUUCAUUACAACAAAAACACCAAUCUCCAGCACAACUGCAUGCAUCAAAUACUGCAUCACCUCCGCCCUCUUCUUCGUUACAUUCAUCAUUUGUCAAUAGACCCAUGUCACCAUCAUAUAAUAGACUACCACCAUUUUCAUAUUCAAUCCCAUUCCAAAGAGCUUCCCAAUUGGGACAAACUAGUCAAGGCUCAACCCCACCGCCACCAUUACCACCACAGCAACAACAACCAUCGAUAUCCAUACAGCAGCAGCAACAACAACAAGCAAUGCCAAUGACAAGUACUGGUCUGCAUAUGAUGCCACAUUCCUUGUAUCCUAGGUAUAGUGGGAAUGGACGUUUACCCAAUGGACCUGGCCCCCUCCCCGGUCCACCACCACCAAUGCCGCUACCUCAUAUACAAUCACAAGCACCACAGCAGAUGCAACAUUUACAACCAAUGCAAAUGCAAUUGCUGCAACUGGUUUCUCCACUUCCUCAACCAUCCAUAUACCAGCAACACCAAUAUCAAACGGUAGCUGAAUCACAACAACAACAACAACAACCUCCACCAACAUUACCACCAAUAAACCGUAACACUAAUACUACUUCAGUAGUAGCAGGUGCUGCUGGAUGUUGUUCUAGUUGUGGCUCAUCAAAAAGAACACCCACUCCCAUGGCCAUUGACUUUACGGCAACGUAUAAGAAAGAAACCAGGGCUCCACCUCCAUCAAGCACCACCACUAACAAUCAAAAUGAUAGUGAAGGUGGUGAUACUACUGCUAAUACUACUGGAGAUGUCUCUGGUACUCCAUCGCCACUGGGUGAAAGAAGAACUGGUCAACAAAAGAGAGCAUUGACGAUUGGAGGUCUUUUGAAUGAGUAG